GGAAACAAUGAAGAGCGACGGGUCCACAGCACUAGUUUAAUGUGCUAAAGAGAUGAUGAACAAAUACGCAAAGCAGGACUACCUAUUUCGAGAGCCCCAAGAGCAAAAGCUAACCACUAAAUCCCAGACCUGGGGAGAUGUGGCCUCAUCGCCGGACUACAAACCGGUGCAUCAUGGGAUGUUUAGGAGCAAAGCCGAAACCAGGCGCGAUGGAUUGUGGGAGACGUUUCUAAAGCCCGCGGGAAAAUCUCCGUGUCUAGGAAAAUCCGGUGAGCUGCGGUGUGCCAUCCACGCUGGGCCCCGCGCGUGUUCCCCGAGCCCACGGCAGGAUGCGACGUGGCGCUUCCGUUGUCCCCGCGAUGCUGAAUGUGCGUCCUCUACCCACAGGCCUGCCAUGUCUGGCUGCAAACUGCCCAUGGGCCUGUGCCCAGACAUGUGCCCGGCCGCCGAACGCGACCGACGCGAACGCGAGCGCCGCCUGCACCGACUGGAGGUGGAGCCGGGCGGCCGCAGGAACGCGCCCCGAGCCGACCCGCGGCGCACAGUGAAGGAGUACAGCCGGCCGGCAGCGGGCAAGCCCCGGCCACCGCCCAGCCAGCUGCGGCCGCCGCCAGUGCUCCUGGCCACCGUGCGCUACCUGGCCGGCGAGGUGGCCGGCCGCUCCGACGCGUCGUGCGCAGAGGUGGCGGGCUUCGUGGCCGACCGCCUGCGCGCCGUGCGGCUGGAUCUGUCGCUGCAGGGCGUGGGCGACGCCGAAGCGGCGGCGGUGCUGGAGGCCGCACUGGCCACGCUGCUGGCGGUGGUGGCGCGGCUGCGGCCGGAAGAGGCGCGGGGAGACGCGGAUCCGGUGCUGCUGCAGAGGCAGGUGCAGGAGGGCUUCGGUUCGCUGCGGCGCUGCUACGCGCAGGGCGGGGCCCCGCACCCUCGCCAGGCAGCCUUUCAGGGCCUCUUUCUGCUCUUCAACUUGGGCUCUAUGGAAGCCCUGCAGGAAGUUCUCCAGCUGCCUGCCGCCCUGCGUGCCUGCCCACCCCUUCAGACGGCCCUAGCGGUUGACGCUGCCUUCCGUGAAGGCAACCACGCCCGACUGUUUCGCCUGCUCCGUGCAUUGCCCUACCUGCAGAGCUGCGCCGUGCAGGGGCACAUUGGCUACGCCCGCCGCAAAGCCCUAGCCCGCCUGGCCCGUGCCCUGAGCACUCCUAAAGGACAGACCUUGCCUUUGGACUACAUAGUACAGCUCCUGGCACUGGAUGGACUCCAGGAAGCACGGGACCUGUGUGAGGCCCAUGGACUAACUGUGGAUAAAGACAGAGUUGUAUUCCUGAGGGGUCACUACUCUGAGGAAGGACUCCCACCCCCUGGGACCUGCCAUGCGUUAGUGGGAAGCAAGCUGCAGGGUCAUACCCUGGCGGAGGUGGUCAUGGCAGAGGAAGGCAAGGGCGCGCACAGGCCUGGGUCUCCAGCUUGACAGGGUUUCGUCUCCUCCGUGACCGGAUCAGAGCAUAGAGUUUUCAUGAUUCCCAAACAAUAAAAAGGAACUCGUUUUAUACA